AUGCUAGGUGCAGCCCUCCCCGCCGUGUCUAUCAGUCAGUGUGCGAGAAGGGUGGUGGGCGGAGAAAAUGGCGGCGAGUUGGGAAAACUUCCCGCGACGGCUUCCCUGAGCUCCGGCCACGCCCACUUUUUCUUUUACGGAAACUGCCGAGGUUUUUCCGAACCCUUUGCUUUGUGGCGUUCGGAAAUCACGCUCGGCCCUCUGCUGCUGGCUGCUCGGCACUGCAGGCGGCGCACGGAGUUCGCGGGAGGAGCUUGCCGUUCGCCGCUUCACUCGUUGUCUGCGGAAAUUGAGGCACCGGGUGAGCCCGGGGACACCAGGUAAAACCCCCUCCUCCCCCCCUCCUCACUAACCGCCAUCACCGGGUCUGACCGAGCCGCAGCCCCUGCGCUCUAUCCCCCCCCCGCAGCCGGCAGAGCCGAGUCCCAGGCUGGGUCACUGGGCACCGGGCCUCGGCCAGGCCAACAGCCUUCCCUUUGUGAUCUCCCAGCUUCCGCCAUCUUUAAAUCCCCCUGCCUGGGAGGGCGGCCGGCGGGGGCGCGCGGUGACCCGGCUCUCAUUGUUCCCAGAGCGGGGCAGGCCUUUACUCCAGCCUCAGGCUUGGCUGCUGCUACUAGGCCUCGGGAAGAUGGCGAGGGCAGGGAAUGGGCUCAGGCGGCUCGCACUGACCGAGAAUUGUCUCCAUGUGGGGGUCACGUGUGGACCAGCGUUAAAUGGCUGUGUGGGGGUCUUUUAUUAGGUUUAUUCGGGGGGGUGUAUAAUAAAAAAGGGUGAGGGAGGGGGAAGGGUUCCAUAACAUGUCAUAAAUUAGGUAAAAUUAGAAUUAAAACUCUUCCUGCAGCUGGAAUAAUACGGUCAUCUGGACAGCAAUAAUGCAUAUUUGAGGUCAGUCUGACCCAGGGUGGUGUCUGCUGUGCACAUUUUACAUCAGAUGUGUGUGUGAUUUCAUCGUAGAAUAAAAGCAACUGCAGUGUUGGCUCUGUGGGUUGAUGGGGAGGAGGUAAAGGAAAGCAUGUGCCAAGGAGCCCAGCUUGAUGAGCGAGAACAGAUCUUGGAUGACCAGGAGAUGAGUGGUGUACGGAAAACAAGUGUUUUUGUAGUCACAUUUGCUUUGUGUUGGCAGUCAGCUGUACUGUAA